UAUGAACUGUCCUGAGGAAGGAACAUACAUAUUACAAGAUAGCAUCUUUUCUCAAGAUGUGCUACGCAUCACUUCAUCUCUUUCUUGGGGCCAUACUUGUCCUCGCAGUUGGAAAUGAGGCCACAACUAUGAUAAACGGCACAAACAGCACCUUUAUAGUUUUAAAGCCUGAUAACACCACCACCAACAAAACCAUUCUGGACAACUCUACUGUAACUUCAUCACCUAUAUCGACUACUGUUCUAUCAAACACAACAGAAGCCAACGACACAUUAGAUGAAGGAUCAGCAGAUUCACCAAAUACUUCACCAACCUCUGAAGAACCGCAGACCACUAGCACCACAGACAAUCCUCUGAACAAAGUCCCACAAGUCAGCACAAAUGCUACGAUUCAAACAACAACCAGAACAAGAACCAGCAUAACAACUUGUACAACAACCACAACUAAAGCACCAGAGCCCAAAAAACAUGGACCAGGUGAGUAUUUUUCUAUGUCUUUUCUCUCUCAGUGUUUAUUCAUGUUCAGUUUUAGGUAG